GGAAGGGGGUUGGGGGGAGAGCUUGAGGCGGGUAACGUGGGGCGGCUGAGCUGUGGAUGCUGCACCAGGGGGAGGAAGCAUCGGGGGAAUCGCCGUCGUAGAGGGAGGUAGCGGUGUGGGGAUGCGUCCUGGCCGGAGGAGCGGCUUCCCCGAAAGCGGACAAACCCCGCGGCCAGAGACCUGAGGGUCGUGGGGAAGGGAUAGUGUGAGCUUGGGUUUCUGGGGGAGGCUCCCGGGCGGGGCAGGAGGCAGUUCCAGGUGUGAGGCCACUGACUGAGGUGAGAGGAAUGCCCAGGGAAAGGGAAGCGGCGGAACAGCUGCAGAAGUGCACGGAGCGGGAAGGUACUAGGGCAGCAGCUUCCCGCCGCCACCAGCCGGGGCAGCAGCCGGAACAGCAGGGGGAGGAGCAACAGCUGCCGAAUUCGCCAACUAGAGGAGGGGGAGGCGGAGCUUGGGUCCCUGUAGCAGCCGGAGGCUCAGUCUGGACUCUAGUUUCCCGGGAGAGACGAGAGCAGGAGCACGAGCGGAGCGGAGCGCAGUCCUCCGAGCAUCAGCUCCAGCAUCCCGCCAGGGGUUGCAGGUGUGUGGGAGGCUUGAGCUCUCCCAACAUGGCUUUCCUUGGACUCUUCUCUUUGCUGGUUCUGCAAAGUCUGGCUUUAGGGGCCACUUUCCCCGAUGAAACCAUUGCUGAGCUGUCAGUGAAUAUGUAUAACCAUCUUCGAGCCACUGGGGAAGAUGAAAAUAUUCUUUUCUCUCCACUGAGUGUUACCUUCGCUAUAGGAAUGAUGGAACUUGGGGCCCAAGGGUCUACCCUGAAGGAAAUCCGUCAUUCAAUGGGAUAUGACAGCCUGAAAAAUGGUGACGAAUUUUCCUUCUUAAAGGAUUUUUCUAGCAUGGUAACUGCUAAAGAGAGCCAGUAUGUCAUGAAAAUUGCCAAUUCCCUCUUUGUGCAAAAUGGAUUUCAUGUCAAUGAGGAAUUUUUGCAAAUGCUGAAAAAAUACUUUAAAGCAGAAGUAAAUCAUGUGGACUUCAGUCAAAAUAUAGCUGUGGCCAACCAUAUUAAUAAGUGGGUGGAGAAUAACACAAAUAGUCUGUUGAAGGAUUUGGUAUCCCCAAGGGAUUUCGAUGCUGGCACUCACUUGGCCCUCAUCAAUGCUGUCUAUUUCAAGGGGAGCUGGAAGUCACAAUUUAGACCUGAAAAUACUAGAACCUUUUCCUUCACUAAAGAUGACGAAAGUGAAGUCCAAAUUCCAAUGAUGUAUCAACAAGGGGAAUUUUAUUAUGGAGAAUUUAGUGAUGGCUCCAAUGAAGCUGGUGGUAUCUACCAAGUCCUAGAAAUACCCUAUGAGGGAGAGGAGAUAAGUAUGAUGCUGGUAUUGUCCAGACAGGAAGUUCCACUGGCCACUCUGGAGCCAUUGGUCAAAGCACAGCUGAUUGAAGAAUGGGCAAACUCUGUGAAGAAACAAAAAGUGGAAGUGUACCUGCCCAGGUUCACAGUGGAACAGGAAAUUGAUUUAAAAGAUGUUUUGAAGGCUCUUGGAAUAACUGAAGUUUUCAUGAAAAAUGCAAAUUUGACAGCUUUGUCUGAUAACAAGGAGAUUUUCCUUUCUAAAGCAAUUCACAAGUCCUUCAUCGAGGUUAAUGAAGAAGGCUCGGAAGCUGCUGCAACCUCAGGAAUGAUUGCCAUUAGUAGGAUGGCUGUGCUGUAUCCUCAAGUUAUUGUCGACCAUCCGUUUUUCUUUCUUAUCAGGAACAGGAGAACAGGUACAGUCCUCUUCAUGGGACGAGUCAUGCAUCCUGAAACAAUGAACACCAGUGGACAUGAUUUUGAGGAACUUUAAAUUAUUUCAUAUGCAAAAUAGUAACUAAACGCAUUAUGUUUGCAACUGGUAUAUUUAAGAUUUGUGUUUUACAGUAUAUCUUAUGAUAAUAUUUAAAAAUAGUUCCAGAAAAAACAAUGUAUGUAAAUUAUACGCCAACUUGUCAAGGAAUGUGAUCAGUGUCAUUGAGGUCAUAGUCCUGUGCUGUCAUUGUGUCUGUUGUGCUGGUAUUUAAAAUAAAAGUACAUAUUGAUCAUGUGAACAACUCUGUUUUCAUUUUACAAAUUGUAGUAUAAGGAUACUUCUAGGUAAGAUUUGGAAACGGUGAUGUUUGGGGACAUCUUAAAUCUUUCAUAAAAUCAUGCAAAAGCAAAGCAGUGGAGUCAGUUGGCACUAUUACACUCACCGUAGUAAGCAAUAACAAGUCAGAGGAGGACAAGCACUCCCCCAAGCUUCUAAUUGUUAUUUCUCUGACGAUGGUGUAUAGUGUAGAAUAAAAGAAUGUAAACUGAACAUCUUCUGUAGGCUCCAUGAUAAAACCUGAUAGAAAAAAACAGGACUAUGCAAAUCCCUAGAUUAUGGCUCCAGUUUAUUUACUAGGUCUUUAAAAACCCACUGGGCUUCAGCAGCCUGAUGCAGAUUAGAAACCUGGUGUAUCACCAUGUUUUGCGGCUGCAGGUAAAAUCCAAAUUACAACAAAGUUCCCAAAAGUCCCCAAAUAAGCCAUAUGAGCAAAUUAAUAAUAAAAAUAUGCCCUUCGAUAGGUCACCAGAAAAUUAACGAGAAAAACCAUGCGAGGGCAGCUACUGGAAACUGGUAGGUCAGGGGCUGAAUGCUGCCCUCAGAGAUGUUCUUGUUCUUGUUUGUCCCUGUGGAGGGUUUUUAUGUUUUGAACUUGAAAGUCUGUAAUUAGGGUAUCACAGUCCUGGUUUCUCCCAUUGGUCACCUGAUGGCACUUGGAUGCAUUUGUGUUUGGGACCCCUGGACAGUUACAGUAAGUACUUUGCUGAAUAUAUUCAUCUUUUUUCCUAGUACAAGUAGUCAGUUCCAGUGGGGGCACUGCCCACGUCUGAAGGUCUCCAGUGAAUGACCUGAUUAUCCUUUGGCUGAGAUAAUGAUAUUCCUUGGGGCGAAGGGAUGGGUGGGGGAAGGAGCUAAGGGAAAACUAUUUCAUCAGGUUUCAUGAAUGGAACCAGGCCCAUUUGACACCACAUUUUUGAUUCUAUGAUUAAUGGCUGCAAAAAGUUUGAAACAUUUUCAGAACUUAACAGAAACAAUUUGCAUGUGACUCUCCUGUGUGUUAGGUAUUUUGCUAUGAUUUGGAGCUGUCAACAAGAACUGAUAUUAUCACUAACUUUAAUUCUGUUCAGGGGAAUAAUUGUUUGAGGAAACCAGGGUUGGCCCCAUACCUACUGAAUUCUAAACUCUGGGGAAAACCUUGAAAAUCUAUGUUUUUAACAAGUUCCCUUGGUGAUUUUGUUACACACUAAAUCUUAAAUAUCGCAAAAAUAAAGGAUACGUGUGGAAUGCUUACUUAUAUAGUAGUUGUUUAGAUAUGGUUAAUUUAUAAAAAUUAGACCAAUCAAUAAAGUACCCUAAAGUAUCAGAGCUUCUUAAACUUUAAGUGUAAGGGAGUAACCUGGGGAUUUUAUUAAAAAUGCAGG